CACGUGAUCAUUUCUCUGCCAAGUGCACCAAAAUGGCGACCAGAAUUCGGACGUCAACACGGAAGCAUCGAAGAAUUCCUCCUCUAUCCUCUUCCCCCGGACAUCCCAGUGGCAAACUUUAACUUCUUACGAUUCCUGGAGUGACUGGAAGGACAAAAAUCCGCCGAGUAGGCCGAUCGGAGGCAACACGACGGAGAAACAAUGGACAAACUUCGCGAGCUCCGUGCAGGGGGAGGAGGCGGGGUGCCCGAUGCCAGACGAAGGCAGACCAGCCAGCCGCUGGGUUCUCCCGUCAGAAACGGGCUGGUCAUGAGGCCGAUAGAGGGGGACGCCUUCCCGCCAGACAUGUCCGAUUCCGCAGACUCGGGAGAAAAGGUUAAAACUAAGCUGAUGUCCAUGUGGAACAACGUACGCUAUGGUUGGACCAUCAAGGUGAAAACUAACUUCAGCUAUGAAGUUCCCAUCUGGCUGCAGGGAGUGUGUUAUCACAGGAGAAAUGAAGAGCUGACAAAGGAGCUAGAGCCCCUGACAGACUCAGACAGAAGACUCUACACGAUGGAGCUGUUCAAGAGAGACUUUGCCUCCAAGAUAUGGCUGACAUACAGACGGGAGUUUCCCCAGCUAGCCGGCUCCAUGUUCACUACAGACUGUGGCUGGGGCUGUAUGCUGCGCAGUGGGCAGAUGCUGCUGGCUGGAGGCCUGGUCAUGCACUUCUUGGGAAGAGAUUGGAGAUGGUUUGGUAACCAGACGCGGGAACAGGAGGCGUUCCACAGAGAGAUCAUUGGUUGGUUUGGAGACAGUGAAAGCAGCCCCUUCUCCCUACACAGACUGGUACAGAUAGGCCAGAACUUAGGCAAGAGGGCAGGGGACUGGUACGGACCAUCGUCUGUCGCACAUAUCAUGAAAGAUGGUAUGGACGGAGCUCCUGAGUUCCACCCACUGUUGAGUCAGGUGUGCGUGUAUGUGGCACAGGAUUGUACAGUGUAUAAGCAGGACGUGGUGAACCUGUGCACCAAGAGAAGACGACUGUCCAGUACCACGUCAGACAGAGAGGGGAGUACAGAGAACUGGUGUUCUGUUAUCAUACUCAUCCCUGUACGGUUAGGGGGAGAGAGUCUCAACCCUAUCUAUGAGCCAUGUAUAAAGGGACUGUUCACCAUGGAUCACUGUCUUGGAGUGAUAGGAGGCCGACCCAAACACUCUCUGUACUUUGUGGGAUUCCAAGAGGACAAACUGAUCCACCUGGACCCUCAUUUCUGUCAGGAGGUGGUGGACAUGACCCCACGUGACUUCCCCCUGGAGUCCUUCCACUGUAUGAACCCCCGUAAGAUGUCCAUCGCCAGGAUGGAUCCCAGCUGCACCAUUGGCUUCUACUGCAGAACCAGGGACGACUUCAACAACUUCUGUACAACCGUCACAGAGGAGAUGCUCCGCCAGCCAGGCCCUAAGGCCGACUAUCCCAUGUUCAUUGUGUCCGACGGGAGCGCAGAGGACUGUAAAGUAGAGGGAACGACACAGAACCAACCGGAACGGAUCCUCCGAGUGCAGCACCUGGACCGGGAGGGUCAACUACGGCCGCUGGGGGGACCACAGGAGGACUUCGUGUUCUUGUAAUGAUGGUUCAAAUCUCUGUUUAAAG